UUUAAUUAUUCGCGAUCCUCGAUUUCAAAGCACGAGCACGUGCACGCCUUCUGCACUGCAUCUGUACAAGAUUUCGUGCUCGAAGAAGGAGCAGAAGGUACAGAGGCGAGCUAUUUUAUCAUGUUGACGGACGUAAAUUUCUACGGCAGCUAAAUCUGAUCGUAAACAUUUCGCAAGGACCUGGAUCGUCAGAUAUUGUGCGUUAAUGAAGAACGUAUGAUCGCGAUGCUUGCUUUGAAGGAUUACGGCAGUAGCGACGAGAACAGUGAAUCGGAUAAUGACAAUGAAAAGGAAGAGGAGAAAAACGAGGUUACCAGCGUCGAGGAUUCUCCCAACGCUUCUGCCGUUGAAUCCUCUCCUACGGAAAAAGUGGUCGCCUCCCUUAAUUUACAAAUUUGCUCUGCACCAGAAGUGAUUCCCACGGGCACUGAAUUAUGUACGAACCAUAUAGAUUCCACCGUGAACGAGGUAAUGCACAAUCCGAAGUAUGAGGAACUAUUCGCGCCUGACAUCGGGCCUGAAAAUCCGUUUAAAACACAACAGCAGCGUGCUGUUAAAAAUAUUCUAUCUGGAUACGUGGAGAAAGCUCACAUAAGCGAGUUCCAGUUUGAGAAUCAGAGAAGAACGUUUGCUAGUUAUGGAUACGCGCUGGAUCCAACCGUGGAUGGUAGCGCAGAAGAAGGUAGGACAAUUAUAGGUGCCAAAGAAGCCGCAGAAGAGUCUGGAGGAAAAACUGUAUUCGAAACUACUAUGUUGAGGCCUGCUGAUAAAAGAAAACGGCAGAGAAAUGAUGAUCCUGCGGAUAUCGAAGGAUUCUUAGGUCCAUGGGGUGGAUACGUGGAUGAGAAACGGGUUAUCAAGCCGACCGAAGAGGAAGCGGCUGAAUUGGAAGAGAUAUUAGCGAAACGGAAUAAAAGAGGAAAACCGACCGAGGAGAAACCACUCGAAGAGAAGACAGUGUUACAUAUUAAAGAUAGUGUGGACUAUCAAGGCAGAUCGUUUUUGCACGCUCCUCAGGACGUUGGUGUAAAUUUAAGAUCGGAAUCGCCGCCCGAUAGAUGUUUCUUACCGAAGGCCCAGAUUCAUACGUGGGAGGGACACACGAAAGGGAUUUCGCAAAUCAGAUGGUUUCCACGUACCGCGCAUUUGCUACUUUCUUGCAGUAUGGAUUGCAGAGUAAAGUUGUGGGAGGUUUACAAAGACAGGAGGUGCGUCCGUACUUAUUACGGUCAUCGUCAAGCUGUGCGAGAUAUAAGCUUCGAUAACGACGGGAAAAGAUUCUUGUCAGCGGGAUACGAUCGCUAUGUAAAAUUGUGGGAUACGGAAACGGGCCAAUGUGUAAGCCGAUUCACGAGUCGGAAAAUUCCGUACUGUGUCAAAUUCAAUCCUGAUCCGGACAAGCAGCACCUCUUCGUAGCAGGCACCAGCGAUAAGAAAAUUAUAUGCUGGGACAUCCGCUCCGGUGACGUGACGCAAGAAUACGACAGGCAUUUAGGAGCUGUGAAUACGAUAACGUUCGUAGACGAGAACCGAAGAUUUGUAACAACUUCGGACGAUAAAAGUUUGCGGGUCUGGGAAUGGGAUAUACCGGUGGACAUGAAAUACAUAGCCGAUCCUUCGAUGCAUUCGAUGCCAGCAGUCACGCCUUCGCCUAAUCAAAAGUGGCUUGCUUGUCAAAGCAUGGACAACAAGAUCGUCAUAUUCUCAGCGUUGAACAGAUUCAAGAUGAAUCGUAAGAAAACUUUCACGGGACACAUGGUCGCUGGCUAUGCCUGCGGUUUGGAUUUCUCUCCGGACAUGAGCUAUCUCGUCUCGGGAGACGCGGACGGCAAGUGUUAUAUUUGGGAUUGGAAAACGACGAAACUGUACAAAAAAUGGAAAGCACACGACGGUGUAUGCAUCGACGUGUUAUGGCAUCCUCACGAACCGUCGAGGCUCGCGACGGCCGGUUGGGACGGAAAAAUCAAAUACUGGGAUUGAAGGAAUACGCGCGCUAACAGGCGAACAGAGAUCAUCGAGAAACGAUUCGUUGCUAUACGAAAUAAACUACUAUUUUACGUUAGAUACAUGUAUGUACGUCCAUACACCGCUUUACACGAUACUUUCACAGUUUUUUAAGAUCUUUCUUAAACUCGACUGCGUUUACGUUCGACGUAAACAAUAAAGAUAAUUAAUUGGCAAUUAUUUUCCUUUCGCAUUAUGCAGAGUAUGUACGACUAGCUAAAUGCAUCGAUGGAAAGAAAUCUGUAAUACGCGGCGCAUACAUAGUUUAAGCUUAGAUACGUAUAUAGCUUGAUAUACGUUUGUAUGUAUGUAGGACUCGAUGCCGAACACUUCGUCGGGCGUAAAGCAUAAAAAUCAAUACUGAGCACGAACGCGUCGUAAUGUCUGCCGCGUUUGUUUCGUGCGAUGUCGCGCUUCAGUAUUUAAUGUCUCCUACCAUUGCUACUGUGUCAAGUUUCUCGAAUCCGAUUGUCGAAUCUUAACACUACGCGGUUUUUUAAUUCAAUACAAAUAUUAUGUUAAAUCGA